GCAUAGCCAAGCAAUUGCCCAGAGAUGGGAGAUGAAGGCGCGGGUGAAGCUUUUGUGGGUAUAGUGGCUGGUGGGGACAAAGAUUAUGAGGGUGUCCUUCCCUCAGACACAGUUUCAUUGAGCGAUUCCGAUUCAGAUGACUUUGGGUUCACAGAUGAGGCUGAAGUUGAUACAGUGUCCCCUGAAGAACCCCUAGCCUUGGACGAUGCAAGAUGCGGAUCUGAUGAAAGUGGUGAUUCUCAGCGCAGCGCUGGUAGGCCCCACGUCCAGCCAUUUCACCUGAAAGGCAUGAGCUCAAGCUUCUCCCAGCGCAGCCAAAGCAUCUUUGAUUGUCUGGAAGGGGCAGCCAAACGUGCAGUGCCCUCACUGGCUGAAGACAACGUGGUUGAUGGAAGGUUUAAGCGCCCUCUGCCUCCACCCAACCUUUCAAACAAGAUGCCUGCAGAAAACGUUGGAAGACAAAGCAGGCAACCGCCGCCGCCUAAAAGCUCUCCUGCGGUGCCUGACUAUGUGGCACACCCAGAACGCUGGACAAAGUACAGCUUAGAUGGUGUUUCAGAGACCAGCGAUAAGGCGAACCGAUCGAUUGCCAUGGAGUUUCUAGAGGGCUUGAAGAAGAGUAGAGAAGAACAAAGCACGAUUUGCUCUGAAAGCUACACCCCACCUUUCAACCAGGAUCCCUCCAGCUCUGGAGUUGGAAAGAUUGUCUUUACAAAACCCUCAAAGGCAGUCUUAGAUGGCUCAGAAAGGAAAAGACCAGCUGUGAGGGAGGAGGAGGAGGAAGAGGCCAAGCCUAUUGAUAAAAAGCAGGCGCUCGAAGGAAAACCACCAAAAAAGUCUAGCAACCCGAAGGAAGAUGAAAAGAUUGGACUAGAUCACUUAGAUAGUGGAGUAAAGGAAGUGGAAGAUGAAAAGCCGUUGAAGUUGGAGGAGCUGGGUGUUCAAAAAGGGUCCGGCACAGAUUCUGCUGUGGCCCAUGAAGAUUCAACAGUGGUAACGGUGGGGUUCCACGGCAGCAAGAAACGGAGCAGGAAACAUAUCCGACCCAAAGCUGGUCUGGACGAAGAGGAGGAAGAUUCUUAAAGAAGCUGGAGAGCGAUACGUGCAUAUGUGUUCUAGUGUUUUUGCAGAGAAGUUUCCUUGACAUUUUUUCCUUUGCCAAGUUUGCAUAAG